UCAUCACUCCCCACAAUAUCUCCUUCGUUUACCACACAAAAGUACCCAAAAGAUUUGACCACAUUCAAUGGCAGCCAUGGCAACAACCCUCACCUCACUGUCUUCAAGCCCCAAACCAUCUUUCUUAGACCACAAGUCAUCCUUCCAUGGCACCCCAAUUGCUUCUCGCUUCACUCCCAUUAAAUCCUCCUCUCCAAACUCCACAAUUUCCAUGUCCUUAACUCCUCCUUAUGACUUACAGUCCUUUAAAUUUCAACCCAUCAAAGAGUCCUAUGUCGCUCGUGAAAUGACACGCCGUUACAUGAUGGACAUGAUUACCUAUGCUGACACUGAUGUUAUCAUCGUUGGCGCCGGCUCUGCAGGUCUCUCUUGUGCUUACGAGAUUAGCAAAAACCCCAACAUAUGUGUUGCCAUAAUUGAACAAUCUGUUAGCCCUGGUGGAGGCGCAUGGCUUGGUGGCCAACUAUUUUCAGCUAUGGUUGUCCGCAAACCAGCUCACAGAUUCCUUGAUGAGCUUGGCAUCCCAUAUGAUGAACAAGAGGACUACGUCGUGAUCAAGCAUGCAGCUUUGUUCACAUCAACAAUCAUGAGCAAGCUUUUGGCCAGGCCUAACGUGAAGUUGUUCAACGCUGUUGCUGCUGAGGAUUUGAUAGUGAAGGGAAACAGAGUUGCCGGAGUGGUAACUAACUGGGCUUUGGUGUCUAUGAACCAUGACACACAAUCUUGCAUGGACCCAAAUGUGAUGGAGGCUAAGGUUGUGGUGAGUUCUUGCGGGCAUGAUGGACCUUUUGAAGCUACUGGAGUCAAGAGAUUGAAGAGUAUAGGGAUGAUUGAUAGCGUCCCUGGAAUGAAGGCACUGGAUAUGAAUGCUGCAGAAGAUGCAAUUGUCAGGCUUACCAGGGAGAUUGUGCCCGGUAUGAUUGUUACAGGAAUGGAAGUUGCAGAGAUCGAUGGAGGCCCAAGAAUGGGUCCAACAUUUGGAGCAAUGAUGAUAUCAGGGCAGAAGGCAGCACAUUUAGCCUUGAAGGCAUUGGGGCAGCCUAAUGUAAUAGAUGGGACCUUCAGCGAAGCUGAAAGGGUACAGCCAGAGUUUGUUCUUGCUGCUGCUGAGACAGAGGGGACGGUGGGUGCUUGAAAAUAUUUGAUAGGAAAUUUGAGUUUUAGGGAAUGGAGUAAAAAAGAAAGAUGUGGAUGAAAAUAAGCCGGUUUGAUAGGUUGAUUAUGGAUAAAAGGUGGAAUUCUGCUUUGAUUUUUGGUUAAAUUGAGUUACAAUUAAUGUUCAUAUAAUAAAAAUCUUGGUCUGAGAUUUUAUUAUACUGCAAAGUCUGCAUCUUCUUUCUUUGAGCUUUAAAGUGCAUUAAAAUAAAAGCACGUCCUACCUCUUAUUAGUUGAAG